AUGGAGGAGGAUGUGCAGUGGACUACCAAUGUGAAAGCAGAACUGGAUCACAAGAAAUCUGAGGUAGGGGGAAAUGAUCACUUAUUUAUCAUGUUUUAAAUUCAAGAUGCAUUCUACUGGUAAAUGGGUAACAUGUCAUUGCGUUAUCAUAAACAACAAUGGUGUAUUAAAAAACACAUUCCUUACCCCAGGACACUUCAACGGGUGACUAUCCAGGAAAACAAAGCAAAGGGAGCACUCUAUUGGCUAGUGGGACACUUUCCUGCAAGGCUAUGCCUCAGACCUUUUCCUAACCAAGGUUCUAAUGAAGGUGGAUGAGAGCAUCAAGGCUGAAUCCAAUUCAUUACAUAAUAGACAAAUGUUUUACAUUGAGAAAGUUGCCUUAGAGCUCAAAUAAUGCCAUCAUAUUUAGCCAUAGAUGAGUAUGGGGCGGCAGGUAGCUUAGUGGUUAAGAGCAUUGCGCCAGUAACCGAAAGGUUGCUGGUUCUAAUCCCCGAGCCAACUAGGUGAAAAAUCUGUUGAUGUGACCUUGAGCAAGGCACUUAACCCUAAUUGCUCUGGAUAAGAGCGUCUGCUAAAUGUAUUUAAAUGCAGCUGUUUUUUUAUCUCAAUAUCAAAUCAUUUUGGGGUAACAAUGUACAAGAAUUUCUCUACACCCGCAAUAACAUCUGCUAAAUAUGUGUAUGUGACCAAUAACAUUUGAUUUGAUUUUGAUUAAGUACCUUACUGUUUCAACUAAAAUGGUCAAAAAUAAACAAAAAUAGCUUCUUAACAAAUAGCUUCUUGGAAAAUUUCUCAAGCAAUAAUUAUGCUAGGACUGUCUGGGAGUGGUCUGAGUGAGGAGGGGAAAACUGAAAAUGAUCUGUUAUUGGCAGAGAGGUUUGGAACUCUUUCUUAUUGGUCUAUUAACUAAUUUACAGCAUGGUGAUGUCACCAUGGAAGGCCAAAACUCCCUCCCACCAAAACAGGCAGAAAUUUCAGGCGUUCUAUAGCUCUUACAUUGAAAGGGCUUUAUCAUAAUUUUCACAAUUUCACAGUAUUAUUUCAACCUCACAGGAAAAUCUCUGGGCCUUUAAAACAAUCACAUAUCCUACUGUACAUAUUAACAUAGACACACACGUGUACACACACCCACACAUACACACACUUGCACUAGCUGGUGUUAAUCGUGUGUGAGGUUGAGUGACCUGAGCUAGCCUUUGCUGUGACUGUGUGACCCAUUGACUGUAUAAGAAUGGACAAAGCCAUCAAUGACAUCACACCAUUCAUUCCUAUGUGAAGACUCAAUGGCGCAUUUAAAGCUCAGGAAGUCGGUUUUAGCUUGCUAAGAUGGCGUCUCUUCCGGGGGGGGACAUAAAAUGACAUAAAAUGCGCAGUUUGUGCUACUUCAGGAAGUGACAUAGCAGGCUGCGACCAGGGGAGAACGACUGUCCCCUCUCAAGUAUCUCAAGUUGAAGGCCGACCGCGGACUGCAGGCUGCCGGUAGCAACAAAAUUAUCUUUAUAACUUCUUCUGUGUGCAAUUUUAAAGUAAUCGGUUCAAGGACAUACAUCUGGUGUAGAAGCAAUUACUGAUACCGUGACUGUCUUCUGAUUUUUAUUUUAUUCACACAAAUAUUGACCAUGAAGAUUGCCAUUUUCCCAUUCCCUAUAUUGGGGGAGCCUGCUUUCUGCAAACAACAGGCUGCAGUUCUUCGGUCAGCCAUGAACUUCAUGGCUUCAAUGAGAGGAGGCAGUUCUCCCCCUGGUGUGACCUACAGUUAUCUGAGGUAUCUAUAACCACGAGACCCUUUGCUGCUUCUGAAAUAGUUUACAGCUUAUUAACUUAACAGCCUGACCUCUGACAUCUGACCUACAGUACCCGAUGUAAGCUACCACCAAAGAAAACCGACUGCAGCCUAUCUAUAGUACAUUGCUACAUCUUUACAACUAAUACAUGAAAUCAAGUAAUUUCUUAAUUAUAAAUAAAGUAAUGUCCUUGAUUAUACAUGUAUUUUGUUUCAUAGACUUUCAUAGACAUUUGUAUGCCAUGGUGUCUGCAAGGAUUUUACUUCAGGAUUUUGGUCUAUAUUUGUUCAUGUUUCACCAUUCUAAUAUCAACAUUUCAGUUUGCAAUGAUUAAUUUAAAUAUUCCAUGCAAAAAUACAUUAUAUUGAAUGGGCAGGUGUUCUAGUAGAUUCCUCUAUGAUCCAUGCCCCUCAACAGGUUUGAUACUGCCUCCAGGGAGGGAUCAAAGUUAAAUAUUUCCUUCCUCUACAAGCAGACAACACCUAGGGCUUAUUUGGGAUUCACAGAUUUUAAUUAAUGACUUAAUUUACACUUUCUUACAACCAGCAGUUCAGCACUAGAGGGCAAUUAGCUUGUUAGUUAUAAAUUAUAUUCAGAAUACAACCACUAAUCUCAUGUUACAGUUUUUUUUUAUCACUUUAGUGCAGGGGUGUCAAACUCAUUUUAGCUCAGGGGCCACAUGGAGGAAAAUCUAUUCCCAAGUGGGCCGGACCGGAAAAAUCAUGGUAUAUAUAACUUAAAAACAACAACUUCAGAUUGUUUUCUUUGUUUUAAUACGAUCAACAUACAUCAUAAAGCUGGAGCCUGAGGACAGUGUGUCCAAAAUAGUACAAGCACAACAUCACUAUUAAUCAUAAAACACGUCAAGUUUAUUUGAAAAUUCUAAAGAAAAAGAACACACAAACACACAAUGCCUCAGUGAUUAACAGAACUGUUUCACAGAUCACAGAACUAUAUCAGGGUGUCAUUUCUCAGGCAGAAAUGUAGAUAAAAAUAAUGAAAUCCUGUUCCCCAAACAAGUGCAAGAACCACAGAGUCAAUAAUAGGUUAAAUAUACAAAUAAAAUCAAUUAAAAACAAUAGCACAUCAACAUAAAAACAUAUAAACAUAAAUCUGAAAGCGUUGCUCAAACUCCCGUAACAGUCCAGUUAUUUUAUCUUUGAACCGCUUCAUGUCUGCCACAUGUUGGGUCGCGCACACAUUUUUUCAGACAGGGGAAGUGAGCUGCAUCACCACCGGCAAGUUGCGUCUCCCACAAUGACAGCUUCAACUUGAAAGAACGUAUGCUGUCAUAAUACUGCGUGACAACUUUGUUGCGCCCUUGCAGCUGUUUGUUCAAGUUAUUCAGGUGCUCUGUAACAUCCACCAUAAAUGCAAGGUCCGGCAUCCAUUCUGCGGAAUGAAAUUCUAACCCUGGUUUGCCCUUUUCUUCCAUGAACUGUUCAAUUUCUUCUCGUAAAUCAAAGAAACGCCUCAGCACAGCACCUCGGCUUAACCAUCUUACCUCAGUGUGGUAUGGCAGGCCAUAGAUGUGGUCUUUCUCUCUGAGAAGGCUGUCAAACUGACGGUGAUUCAGGCUUCUGGAUCGGAUGAAAUUAACAGUUUGGAAUACCACCUUCAUGACGUUAUCCAUCUUUAAUGACUUGCAACACAAAGCCUCCUGGUGCAAAAUACAGUGAAAAGUAAAAAAAUCACGUCCUCCAUUUGCAGAUUGCACUUUCUCUCUGAACUUUGUCACAACGCCUGCUUUUUUCCCGAUCAUUGAGGGCGCACCAUCUGUAGCCAGGCUGAAAGCGCGGGACCAGUCCACUCCGACCCUGUCCAGCGCGCCGACGAGUGCGGUAAAAAUAUCAGCUGCUGUCGUUGUAUCUGUCAUCGGCACCAACUCCACGAACUCCUCGGUGAUGGUCAAUGUGUCAUCAACUCCGCGGAUGAAAAAAUGGCCAGUUGUGCAACAUCUGUAAUGUCCGUGCUUUCAUCAAUUGCAACCGAAAACGCAAUAAAUGACUUUACUUUUUGCUUCAACUGGCUGUCCAAAUCCACUGAAAGAUCGGAAAUCCUGUCUGCAACUGUAUUUCUUGUCAGGCUGAUAUUUGCAAAAGCCUGCCGCUUUUCAGGGCACACAAUCUCCGCUGCCUUCAUCAUGCAUGUUUUUACAAAUUCACCGUCACUAAAUGGUUUUGAAGCCACUGCGAUUUCAUUAGCAAUGAGGUAGCUAGCUUUCACUGCAGCGUCACUGAUGUCUCGGCUGUGAGUAAACACAGACUGCUGUUUCUUCAGACCCGCCAACAGUUCAUUCACCUUCUCUCAUCUCCGCUGUCCUUGAAAGUUGUCAUAUUUGUCGGCAUGAAGACUCACAUAGUGGCGACGAAGGUUAUAUUCUUUCAGCACUGCAACAUGCUCUGAACACACCAAACAUACAGCUUUCCCAUUCAAUUCCGUGAUUAAAUAGGAUGACCAUUUUUCUUGGAACACUCUGCACUCUGCGUCCACUUUUCUCUUUUUUGACAGAGACAUAUUGGGGCAAUGAGGGUGCCAAAGCACAUAAUGUUAAAAGUAGAAGCCGUAAUAAAUAUCGCGGGCAAAACAAAGUAGCUCAUUGGCUGCACGUGCUUGACCUACUUGCUCUGCCCCGGUAUAAACAGUUUGCUUGCUUAACAUAAUUUCUAUUGCGCCAUCCAGUGGACGCAAUUGGAACAGCAGUUUAUUUUGUUGAAAAAUUGCAGCGCAUUUUUAUACUUAAAAAAAAUAUAUUAUUAUUAUUAUUAUUAUUUUUUUUUUUUUUUUAAUCAUCUCGCGGGCCGGAUUAAACCCGUUUGCGGGCCUGAUCCGGCCCGCGGGCCGUACGUUUGACACCCCUGCUUUAGUGCAAUAUUCACAAGUAUGCUGUACAUUUUCACAACUCUUAGUACAAAACACAAAACACAUCAUCAGACAGGCAGUUGUUUCAAAAGUCUAAGCACAUCUUCAAUUGACUAAGUAUAAUACACAAAAUCAUACAGUAACUUUUUCACAAACUCAAUCAGUGUCAUCUAGAAAUACAUGUUUUACAUUGCAUACAUGUUCAUAUGAAGUAAUUGUCUUUCACAAUGCAAUGCUCACAUUACUUUUGAUAUGAUUCUCUUCUCUUUUGUUAAAAUACAUUUUACUAUUACUUAAUCCGACUGCUCUUUAUUGAUCGUCACUUAAACGUUUGGUAAACCUAUAGAUUUUACAUUUAAACUGGUUUGUCUACUACAGAUUUUGAGAACUACAUAAUGAAAAUGUACGUCUGUAAAGUAGAAACAUAAAAAGUGUAAUAAAUAUACCUGAAUGUACUACUAUGAUGAUGACUAUUAUGAUUUGACUUCACAGUAAAUGUAAAAAAAUAUCUGUUAUUGACAAGAUCAGAGAUGUACUGGAUGUAACAAAUCAAAUCAAAGUUUACUGGUCGUGUACACAGAUUAGUAGAUGUUACAGCAGGUGCAGUGAAAUGCCUGUAUUUCUAGCUCCUACAGUGGAUAAAUAAAUACAUUUACAUUUACAUUUACAUUUUAGUCAUUUAGCAGACGCUCUUAUCCAGAGCGACUUACAGGAGCAAUUAGGGUUAAGUGCCUUGCUCAAGGGCACAUUUACGUCAUUUAGCAGACGCUCUUAUCCAGAGCGACUCACAAAUUGGUGCAUUCACCCUAUAGCCAGUGGGAUAACCACUUUACAAAUACAAUACCGAUGCGAAAAUAAUCCAGAAAUUCCAAAACAAGAAAGAAAUGCAUCCCUAUACAGUAAACAUGUAUCUGGGGUGUUUUUGAUGGGGAGGUUUCACACUGCUUUACUAAAAUGUCAUUGGCCAAUACAGUACUUUAACAAAGGCCAAUACAGUACUGUAAUAAUGACCAAUACAGUAGUAUAUGCCAUUUACGUAGCAGACACUUUUAUCCAAAGUGACAACAGUCAGUCCACACAUUUUGGUAUGUGACCCCAGUGGGAAUCGAACCCACAACACUGGUGUUGCUAGUGCCAUGCUCUUACUAACUGAGCCACACAGGACCACUACAAUACAAAACUGUAAAAUACAAUACAUGAUUACGUUACAGUUGGAAGGUGUAUGAUUGCCAUCCCAAUGACCGCACCACCCUCCUUCAGGCCAUGAAUGAGGCAUGCAAUGACAUCAAUCCAGACCUAUGUCAGGCUUGGAUUCGCCAUUCCAAAAGGUUUUUUCCCCCAGGAGCAUGAACAAUUAAGAUAUUUACUGUGGUUUCGAUGAGAACCUAUGGCCAAAUGAUCAAGACAGGCUUGAUUCAAACUAGUGCUGCUAAACAUGAUGUUUCAUUCAUUUCUUUCAUUUGAUUACAUUGUGAAAUAUGUUUCAAUGAUCACACCUUUGAUCGCACAUGGGAUAGAAAUUAUGGAAAUGUCAUGUUUAGUCAAUUGUAAUGGGUAGUGUAUUGCCUAAUGUGAAAACAGUGUAAUGUACUGUACUGUAGCUGUAGCUUAAUACAUUCAAAGGGCAAUUUUUAAACAUGUAUCUUACAUUUUUUGCUAUUGGAUUAGCUGGUUGUUAAAAUAACUAAAUCAUUAUCGUUAUGUUGUGUUUUGGUGAUUAAACCAAUCUACUCAUUAUAUUUCACAGCAAACAUAUUUUGGAUCAAUGGUUGUGUGGUGAAAGAUGUCUGCAAACAAAAUGGAUGCACAAUGAAAGGUUUUGAAUGUAAAACUGGCUGCUUUACAAGUGUUGCCAGUUUGGAGUUUUGUGCGAACAGUUUUUAAAAUUCACCACAUACUUGUGAAAAUAGUACCAAAGCAAUUUUAAAAAACUGUAAACAUAAGUACUCUUACUGCAGGCACAGAAGGAUUACGCCAGUUUUCUACAAAUGGAAAAUAAUAUUUUGCUUGGCUUUCUAUUUUUGCAUUUCUGUUUUAAUUGUAAAGUAUAUUAAGGUGUGUUUUUCAAUUCACUUUAGAUAGAGUUACGAUUUGAAUAUAAUUGAUAUGUUAUUAACCAGCGUCGCAGAGCGCGAGCGAUGAAGCUGGGACAUAUACAUUUACAUUUACAUUUUACAUUUUAGUCAUUUAGCAGACGCUCUUAUCCAGAGCGACUUACAUAUAUAUUUUUUUUAUACUGGCCCCCUGUGGGAAUCGAACCCACAACCCUGGCGUUGCAAACGCCAUGCUCUAUCAACUGAGCUACAUCCCUGCCGGCCAUUCCCUCCCCUACCCUGGACGACGCUGGGCCAAUUGUGCGCCGCCCAUGAGUCUCCCGGUCGCGGCCGGCUGCGACAGAGCCUGGAUUCGAACCAGGAUCUCUAGUGACACAGUUAGCACUGCGAUGCAGUGCCUUAGACCACUGCGCCACUCAGGAGUAUGGGGGGACACACCUGAACAUAUAAAGUGGGACACACCUGAACAGGAAGAACCAGGCAGUGAACCCACCAAUCACAACGUUGAAAGCAUCCAGGUAAAGUAAAAGGAAAAAUAAGUAAACUGCUCAUACAUUUGGUGUCACACCCUGGCUCUGGGGACUCUAUAUGUUGAGCCAGGGUGUGUAGAUUCUAUGUGUUCUUGUUCUAUGUCGGUAUUCUAGAGUUGUGUUUUCUAUGUUGGCCAGUGUGGUUCUCAAUCAGAGGCAACGAGUAUCAGCUGUUGCUUGUUGUCUCUGAUUGGGAGCCAUACUUAAGCAGCCAGUUUACCCACAGUAGUUGUGGGAUCUUGUUCCUUUUGGUUUGUUCCGUGUUGGUUGUGUUUAACCUAGGACGUCACGUUAUCGUUUUGUUCUUGUUAUCACUAUCGAUAAUAAAGUAUGUUCGUUCAUCACGCUGCGCCUUGGUCUACUCCGUUCAACGAUCGUGACAGAAGAUCCCACCAUACCAGGACCAAGCAGCGUGUCCAGGAGCAGGCAGCCUGGACAUGGGAGGAAGCACCGGGUAAGGAGCUGGAGAGGUUGGCGAUGGCCCAGGUGGGCCUGGGAGGACAUGCGAUGGCCCUGGGAGGACAUGCUCGGGGGAAAAGGGCCAUGGGCUAAGGUUAAGGCCCUGGCAAGAGAGGAGCAACGGCGUCAACAGUGUCGUCGUCGGACGGACGAGAGGCAACCCCAAUAAUUUUUUAGGGGGGGGCACACGGCAUGGGCGACGGGGCAGCAGGAGGCUGCCACGGGGCGUAUUGGGAGAUUAGGAGAGGAGGCCACCGGGUUUGGGGGGCCAGAAGGCAGGUUGGCGGAGCCUGGAUGGAGAGCAGAGCCAACUCCCCGUACUCAGGCAUGGCAGCAUGAGACUGGGCAGGUUCCGGGGUAUGCGGAGCUGCGUACUGUGCCACGACUGGUGUCGUGCGAAGGUGGGCAUGCAGCCAGGACGGAGUGUGCCGGCUCAGCGCUCGUGGCCUCCAGUGCCUCUCCUCGGUCCCGGAUAUCCUGCGCGUGUCACGUGCUGUUAUGCCAGUACGGGUACACAGCCCUGUACGUCCUGUGCUGAUGCCUCACACAGAGUGUGUGAAGGUAGGCAUUCAGCCAGGACGGGUUGUGGCAGCUCUUCACUCCAGGUCUCCUAUCCGUUUCCACAGCCCGGCCCGGCCUGUUCCUGCUCCUCGCACCAAGCCUCCAGUGCGCGUCGCCAGCCCGGCCCGGCCUGUUCCUGCCACUCGCACCAAGCCUACGGUGCGCGUCGCCAGCGCGGCCCGGCCUGUUCCUGCCCUUCGCACCAAGCCUGCGGUGCGCGUCGCCAGCCCGGCCCGGCCUGUUCCUGCCCCUCGCACCAAGCCUACGGUGCGCAUCGCCAGCCCGGCCCGGCCUGUUCCUGUCACUCGCACCAAGCCUACGGUGCGCGUCGCCAGCCCGGCCCGGCCUGUUCCUGCCACUCGCACCAAGCCUACGGUGCGCGUCGCCAGCCCAGCCCGGCCUGUUCCUGCCACUCGCACCAAGCCUACGGUGCGCGUCGCCAGCCCGGCCCGGCCUGUUCCUGCCACUCGCACCAAGCCUGGGGUGCGAGUCGUCAGCCCGGUAAGGCCCGUUCCUGCUCCACGCACCAAGCCAGGGGUGCGAGUCGUCAGCCCGGUAAGGCCCAUUCCUGCUCCACGCACCAAGCCAGGGGUGCGCAUCGUCAGCCCGGUACGGCCAGUUCCGGCUCCACGCACCAAGCCAGGGGUGCGCAUCGUCAGCCCGGUCCGGCCCGUUGCUGCUCCACGCACCAAGCCAGGGGUGCGCAUCGUCAGCCCGGUCCGGCCCGUUCCUGCUCCACGCACCAAGCCAUGGGUGCGCAUCGUCAGCCCGGUCCGGCCCGUUGCUGCUCCACGCACCAAGCCAGGGGUGCGCAUCGUCAGCCCGGUCCGGCCCGUUCCUGCUCCACGCACCAAGCCAAGGGUGCGCGUCGUCAGUCCGGCACGACCCGUGCCUGGGUCACCGGUGCCUGGUCGGGUACCGGUCAGCUGCUCGACACCGGAGCUUAAGCAAUCCGCUCCUACGAUGUCCAGUCCAGCUCCAGCCAGCGGGGCCAGACCGGACCAGGGGCGCUACGGGGGGAUUAUUGGAGGGUGGUGGGCAAGCCCGGAGCCGGAACCGCCUCCGAGGAGGAAUGCCCACCCAGCCCUCCCCUGUUUGGUUUAGGUUGAGGCGCGGUCGCAGUCCGCGCCUUUGGGGGGGGGGGUACUGUCACACCCUGGCUCUGGGGACUCUAUAUGUUGAGCCAGGGUGUGUAGAUUCUAUGUGUUCUUGUUCUAUGUCGGUAUUCUAGAGUUGUGUUUUCUAUGUUGGCCAGUGUGGUUCUCAAUCAGAGGCAACGAGUAUCAGCUGUUGCUUGUUGUCUCUGAUUGGGAGCCAUACUUAAGCAGCCAGUUUACCCACAGUAGUUGUGGGAUCUUGUUCCUUUUGGUUUGUUCCGUGUUGGUUGUGUUUAACCUAGGACGUCACGUUAUCGUUUAUUGUUUUGUUCUUGUUAUCACUAUCGAUAAUAAAGUAUGUUCAACGAUCUACUCCGUUCAACGAUCGUGACAUUUGGUUAUGUAUUCACCCUCAGUUACAUUAUAGUCUGUGAAUCCUACAUUCUAUAUCCAGCAAUAGUUUAUUGUCAAUACAUUUUAUUUAGCUCUCUUUUACCAGGCUUGUUAUUGAGACAAUAUUUAAUUAUAUUCACCUUUAUUUUACACACAACCUACUCACAUCUAUCUCAAGAGGCUGUUUAUAUUUCCCCAAGGUUGGUUAUUGCCAACAACAUUGCUCUAUUACCAGAUAUUUUGUUGAAAGCAUGUGCUCGUUUAUGAUCACAACCAGGCUAUGAGGUUACCAUGCUAUGAAUGUAUCUGGGCAUUAGCCACUUCAACAUGAGCCCCUGGCAUCUCUGCUUUUACAGGCACCCUGACCCUCUCACACCCUCGCCCCUUCUAUGCCCUGUAGUAAAUCAGGUGUUGGCUAGCUACUGUUCAAACAGCUGUUAGUUUACACCAGACCCAGAAUAAAGGAAGGGAUGCCAGUCACUCAUACCAUACUCUAGGGCUGGUGUAUGAAGAAUGAGUGAAUAGUAAUACUUUUAAUAGUUAAGACAAUAUUACAUAUACUACCACGAUAAAUGUAAUCUGUCUUGUGUUUUGGCAGUCGUAUUCUUUAUGUUGUUGUGUCAAACUGUUGAGAGAGAGAGAGACAGAGAGAGCGAGAGAGAGAGAGAGGAGAGAUACUGUAACUGAACUCAACUGCAGCAGAUAACUAACUGUGGUAAUGAGAGCUGAUUCUGAGUCAGUCUGUCAUCUUGUCUCCCCUAGGCAGAGGACAGAGAGAGGAAUUCAUUUUCAGAGGGGGAGAUAGUUGAUCAGGGUGGACCAGAGAGCAUCCAGGAGAUCUGCCAGAGGAGGAAGUUGAAGAAGAAGACUCGGUCCUCAUCCAAGGUGGCUGUGGACGUGCCUGUGGUGAGGCAACAUAUAUAUAUAUUUUUUGGAGCAAUAUUUAUCUUUCAGAUUUCCAGUUUUAUGUAUAAAUGAUGACCGGAACAAUGCAGAAUACUCUGAUUGUCAUUUUUAAGAGUGGGACCAGGGUUUGCUGGAUCAGUUGAUAAGUCCCAGAGAGUCUGUGUGUUUGUGUUGGUCAGUUAGGACCUGUAGACACGUUUGACUUCAUGAAGGCAGUGACUCAGGGUAAACUCAAAGUGGUGGAGAAAUAUCUGGAAGAUGGAGGAGACCCCAACUUCAGUGAUCAGGUAAGUAUUAGUCUCUAUGGUAUAUGGUCUACUUAGGACCUGUGUUUUGGUUAAUCAUGUCACAUGAUCUGGAUUGUAACCUUUAUUAAGCUUUUUCAUCAAACUGACCACUUUUCCUUUAAUGUCACAUGGUCCAGCACCAUCCUCAGACAAUUGCUUUCAUUUUUGAUCUAAUUCUCAUGUCUGGAAAAGGCUUAAAAUAAAGGUUAAAAUCCAGGUCAUGUGACAUGAUUAACCAAAACACAGGGCGCUGGGUAUACUUCACAAAAUAUAUUUAUUUACUUGUUGAAAGAUCUGGCCUCAAUAGUUCAAAGUUCAUUUCAACUGUAAAUUGAAAUGAUUGUGGCCUAGCUAUCUGCCAUGGCCUUGCAGUACUGUAGAAGUAGCACACAAUACAAAAAAUAAAAAAUUGUACCUUUAACCUCAGACAAAUAUAAUUUUAACAGUCUUACAUAACUAAAUAUUUUUCCAGUUAAGGAGGACAGCACUGCACUUUGCCUCCAUCGAAGGACACUCUACCGUUGUCCAGAAGCUUCUAGAGAAAGGAGCUAACGUCAAUUCUAAAGAUCGGGUGAGAGACUCUUGCCAUUACUACUGUAUGUUCUAUAGUCAAUGAUAAAAGCUGUGAAAUGACAUAAUUGACAUAAUUGUGUUUUUAACUCCAAUACUAGGGAACAAAUUGACUAUUUUUUAUCACACGUACAGUAUGUGACCUAACCUCUUAGAUGUAACCUCUAUAUAACCUCAAGUAUUGUGCUCAUAAAUGGAUAAUUGAUUAGGUUAGGGCUGUGGAAUGGAAAGCUAGUGAUGAAUCAGUUGUUAAGCCUCAGACAUUGUAGAGUGAAGGCGGCCAUGUUGUGUGUGUUCCAGCUGGAGUCCAGAGCUGUUCACUGGGCCUGUAGAGGAGGAAGCCUGGCAGUCAUCAAGGUCCUCCAGAAACAUGGAGCUGACCUCAACAUCAGAGACAAGGUGAGACGUGGGUGGGUGUGUCAUGAUGCAUUUGUGCGACUAUAGCUACUGACAUUUCGUUCAUUAUGGAGUUACCCAGCUAAUAGAAUGGCCAUCUACCCAUAGCCUUAUCAUUUCACCAGUCCAGGGUUGUCCUCAGUGGGGUUCAGAUAUAUUAAGAACAGACAUGUUUCUCUGUCCUUUGACAUGUAGAAUUGGGAAGAUUUCAGCUACAAGGAAUUGUUAUCUGCAACGUCUUUCACGAAGAGGAGAUGAGGAGAGAUGUGCCCAUGGUGGCUCUAACUCACUCUCUCUCUCUCUCUCUCUCUCUCUCUCUCUCUCUCUCUCUCUCUCUCUCUCUCUCUCUCUCUCUCUCUCGCUCUAUCUCUCUCUCUCCCUCUCUCCAUAGCUGAUGGCCAGCCCUCUCCAUGUGGCCACCAGGACAGGCCAUGCUGAUGUAGUGGGAUACCUGCUGAACAGCGGAGCAAAAAUCAACGCCAGAGACAGGGUAGGAUGUCAUGCUUUCUCACUGCAUCAUACCUGGUCUAAUAUGAUAUUGUAAGUCAGUUUUGGUGAAAUACAAUAAACAAACAUCAUUGUUACGAUAUGGCUCAACAUUAUCUUGGUUGUCCUCAUAUUGUCCUCAUUAUCUUCCUGGUCCUCAUAGUGUAGUAUUGUAAUUGUGUAUUCCAGGAGGGGGACACUCCGCUGCAUGAUGCUGUGCGCCUGGGCAGAUAUAAGAUACUCAAGCUGCUCAUUGUUGGAGGGGCUGACACCAGGCUCAAAAACCAUGUGAGUAUCACAUCUUCUCAAAUAAAACUGGAGGUUGGCAUUGACAUUUUCUAUUCAAAUGUGUAUUUUUGCGUCCGUGUGUAACUGUUUGUUCAGUCAUGCAUGUGUCUGUGUGUUUCAGGAGGGAUUUACAGCAGUGGAGCAGGUGAAAGAGUGGCAGUUUGACACCAAGGAGACUCUGGAGAAACUUGAACAGCUGAGGGAG